AAGUGGAGGCCUCGCUGUCGGCCAACACGUUCGCCGUCAUGGGAUACGCCGAGUGCAAGCGGUUUUAUUCUUUUGUUUCCAGCACUUGACAGCAAAUCUCCAAAAGUAGAAGACAUCGAGGAAGAGGAGGAUGAUGUUCCAGAUGCAGCUGCUGUGUGCGAUGUAAGCGCAAGACCAUGUUGAAGUUGUUCUCCGCGCGGGACGACGACAACGAGAGCCUCUUGGGGGGCAUCGCAGAAGAUGAAGGAGACAACCCGUCCCUCGGUGACACCAAGCUGCCCUGGCUAAGCAGACCUUAUCUCCUGGUGCUCAAAGAUGCAGGCGAUAUGUCCAAAUCAAAGCAAAUCAGAUCCGAAGUUCCAUCUUCCAAGUCGCCCUCGGAUGAAAUGGUCACGCCGUGUGAAGGAAAACCUCCUGCCAAGAUGCUCCACGUGGAGGAAGGUGGCUGCAUGGUGACUCCAUGGGGCGAAGUCAUGCGCGAGGAGCCUCCAGGCCCUCUGCUUCUGAGUCCGGCCCAAGAAGAGAGGAAGCUCAAAACCUCCAAGGAGGACUCUGUGAUCGAGGAGAAGGAGAUGGAAGAAUCCAAAGACCUCCAGAAUCAUCUUAAAGAAGCUGUGUCCAAUUCGGGAGAAGAAGCAAAAGCCUCCGCAUCUUCCCCGGUCCAUCCUGACAAUGAGUCCGAUCCGGUCGACAUCUUGACCAAAGAUCAAUCCAACUCCUUGGGGGAGGUUGCUCCGGUCUGGAUCCCGGACGCAGAGGCUCUCGUGUGCAUGAAGUGCAGCGUCAAGUUCACGUUUACCAAACGGAGGCACCACUGUCGCGCUUGUGGCAAGGUGUUUUGUGCACUUUGCUCCGGCCUGAAGUUCAGACUUACACAUCUGGACGGCAAGGAGGGGCGGGUUUGUGUUUCCUGUCAUUCAACCCUCAUUAAAAGCACGUCGCCGAGGUCGAAAAGGAGGGUGUGGUUCGCAGAUGAACUCCUAAUCGACAAGCAGUCCGAGUCCGCCCCCGCCACGCCGGUCAGAGGUCACGGGUUCUCGCCAUCUAUGAGCCGAGCGGCGCCAAGUGGGGCAGGGUCGCCGCAACCCAGGAGAGCCUCCAGACCACAUGGGGGCGCUAAUGAGGCGAGUGCUCCUCGAAGCUGGGGAAUGUCUACUCUUGUGAACAGCUCGUCCAACCUCAUCCCGCUGCAAGGCCUGCCGCCGAUCCUCACCUCCACAGGAGUCAAAGGAGAUUACACCGUGGAGGAGCGGCCCUCCGAGACCUUGCUCAUCCAAGAGCUGGAGAGCGGCCGCUCUAGCUCUCUGGUUUUUGUCCUCAAUGCCAACCUGCUCGCCAUGGUCAAGAUGGUCAACUACGUUAACAGGAAGUGUUGGUGCGUGACCACCAAAGGAAUGCAUGCCGUGGGUCAGGUGGAGGUGGUGGUGCUCCUGCAGUGUUUGCCUGAGGAGAAGAGCUUUCCCAGGGAUCUCUUCAGCCACUUUGUCCAGCUGUACAGGGACAGUCUUACCGGGAAGUUGAUCAAGCACUUGUCACUGUCGCUGUCCGGCAGCCGCUUCCUGGGCAGCGAGGAGCACGCGGGCCUCUUGUUUGUCCGUCCCACCCGUCAGUCGCUUCAAGGUCUGCCACUGCCCAGCCAGCCGUACCUCUUCGGCCUGCUGCUCCACCGGGCCGAGGUGGUCUGGGCCAAGACGUUCCCCCUGCGUCUCAUGCUGCGCUUGGGUGCUGAGUACCGAUUUUACCCAUGUCCUCUGUACAGUGUCCGCUUUAGGAAGCCAUUGUUUGGGGAAAUAGGCCACACAGUCAUGAGACUUUUAGUGGACUUUAGGAAUUUUCGUUAUAGUCUUCCAAUGGUGCCGGGGCUCACGGUGGACCUGGAGGCUCAGAGAACCUGCAUCAAGAUCCCAACUAGCGGCUACAACGAGCUGAUGAAGGCCAUGAACAAGUGCAACGAGCAUGUCCUGGCCAUGGGCGCUUGCUUCAACGAGGAGGCCGAUUCUCACCUCAUCUGCGUGCAAAGGGACGACGGGCAGUACCAGACGCAAGCCAUCAGCAUUCACAACGAGCCGCGGAAAGUGACUGGCUCGUGUUUUUUCAUAUUCAGCAACGCGCUGAAAGCAACGGCAGGUUACUUCGCCAAAUCCAGCAUCGUAGAAGAUGGACUAAUGGUGCAGAUUAGCCCAGAGACCAUGGCAGAACUACGUAGGUCGCUCCGGGAGAUGAAGGACUACGUCGUCACUUGCGGCCGCGUGGACCGAGCCGACAGCCAGGAGCUUGUUUGUGUGCAGUGGGUGGAGGCCAAGUGUACCUUCAAUAAAGGGUCGGGCGCCUCCACCUGCUUGGAGUUUAUUGAUCCAAAUUGGAAUUCAGUUGAGACAUGUUUGGUCGUUGUCCACAGGGUUAUAAGCCCCAUUGAUGGUAAAUCCAUGGAGUCCAUCAGCAGUACCAAGAUGUUCCAGAAAUCCGAAUACAAAGAAAACGGGAAGAUUAUUCACUGGACAGAAGUGUUCUACCUGCAGAGAGCCGAGCCCCCGAAAGGAAUGGCGGCCAAUGUGCCAGAACACAACCGACUGACGGAGCGGAUCGCCAGAGCUUUUUGCUUGGCGCUGUGCCCGUACCUCAAACUCCUCAAGGAGGACGGCAUGGCCAAAUUGGGGCUGCGUGUCACCUUUGACCCCCAGCAGGUGGGCUUCGUGGCAGGCAGCAACGGGCACCCUCUCCCUCCUCAGUAUUUGAACGCCCUGGACAGCACGCUCAUCCCGGUCAUCCACAGCAGGGGGCGCAAGAGAGGCGACGAGGCCCUCGUGAUGGAGCUUAUCUUUUACAUCCUGGAGUACAUCACAUAAAAGUAACACAAACGCAACACUAAUUGGAUCUUUUUCCCUGAAAUUCAGCGGGACAAUCCACUCAUGGUGGGUUUUCUAAUCUUACCCAGCAGCAACGUGGGUGUUAUCAGUCAAACAAGACAUCAAAUAGACAAAACAUUAGUAGCAAUUCCACAGCUUGAGUGGGAACAGAACCUUUAACAGAGGGGCUGGAUUCAGACCCUGCUAGUUUAGAUAAAAGAGAAUGACCUAGUUAGUAGUGGAUGCACAUGUAAUGAAUGCCUGAAGAAUGCUCUUGAAUGGAAUGUUGAAUUUAAUUAUUGACACGGCCUUGAAUUAAAAUUUGCAAUGAAAAUAACAACUCUCUGAUGAACCAUGUUUGCAGAGAAAAAGUCAAUCCUAAAAGUUGGCCGUAGUGGGCUCAUGGAGGAAAUUUGAGAAUAAAAUGCACUAUAUUUUAAUAUAACUUAAAUGCAAGAAGAUUGUCAUAAGAUUAAAAUGAAUUUAACAUAAUUCAAUUAUUUGAUUGCAGAAAUAACAACUGUCCCUUUUUGUCAAUGAACCAGCUGAACCGAGGGGGCGUUCUGUCUUCAACAAAGCAGAAUGCACCGCUUGUGUAACUCCUACGAGCCAGAGUCACAUUCUUCGCAUAUCCCGGGCGAGAGGCACAAGACAAGUCAUGCUUUUAGUCUUUGUUGCAACAAGGUCACACGCUGAUCUGAUGAUGACGACACAAGAAAACCCUGAAAUUUUACAUGAAAUAAGAAAAGACACGCAAUGCACCCAAGAUCAUUUCUAUCAUGGUUUAUUGGCAUUUUAUUUUUAAAUACACAAUUUAGAAAGUAGAAAGCCUAACCAAUACAAUUAGUCAUUUGGUUGUAAAACUAUUUACAGGUAAAAAGUCUUUUCAAGUCUUCUGUACAGUCGUCUGUCCACAAAGGGGUUUAUUGAGGACACAUGAAAGGCAACCAGUGUGAUACUAAACUCGUAAGUCAGUGAAAAUCUUCUCUUCAUAAAUUGUGCUUUCCCCAAAAACUCAGAGAGACAACCGAACCAACCGAAUGUGGAAUCCCCCUUUGUGGAAGUCAUGGACCGCGUGACUUCCCUCCCACGGUUCACAGAGACAACUCAAAAUAGGACAAGAAACACAGCCAAAAUCAUCUUUGGAAUCCGUGAUCGGUGCAUCGGCUUAGUGAGGUCAUACUUUUUGGGAGUUUUCUUCCUGCAUCCCUAGGCCUUCUUCAUCUUGCCCAUGGGAGCGCUGCCGUUUUCGUAGUGGGCCGAACCGUUGCUGGUGCCGUUGGCCGCGGUGUGUUUGACGCCGUUCUCGUGGUGCUUGCCGUUAGCGUAGACUGCAGGUGGGGCGGCGGCCGUGCCGUUGUGACGCGACUUGAUGUCCUGCUUGGGCAGCCGCUUGCCCUUGACGUAGGCCUGAACCCAGAAGUUGGAGAAGAGCACGAAGAAGAAGGUGCCGUAAACCCACACCAUGUGGAUGAUGAUGGGGAACUGGUAGUCGCAGCUGUCCAUGAAGUAAUACUGAGUCACGUGGAGGGAUACCAGGACAAACUGGGUCUGGCAAGGGGGAACCAAAGCAAGACGGAUGAGUAAGGAGCUCAAGUGAAACGGUAAAGGAGAACAAGAACUUCAAUACGACGUACGAGCUGAAUGGCUGUCAUGUAUUUCUUCCACCACAGGAACUUCUGGAAGCGAGGUCCGGCGGCAGCGAGGAAAUAGUAGAAAUACAUGAUCACGUGGACAGAAGAAUUCACCAUUGCGUGGAAGGAGCCCAUUCCACCUGAGGCCGGAAACACACAGAACGUAAAGGUAAAAAAAAUCAAGUGUUUCUGUCAUCUUAAGCUAACACUAGAAUUGUAUUUUUUUAUAUUUGUAUAUUGAACAUCUCUUUCUGGCCCCAUCUUAUUGAUACCUAAAAUUAAUUUUUCAGUUAUUUCUUAACUUCUCAUGGAGAGCCAAUUGAGCCAAUCAGAGACCGUAGCCACUAGACCGUAGUUAAUCAAAUCUUACUAGCAGCUAAACUGAAAGCCAUUAGUGUAUUUCCAUGGACUAAGUCACAGUUGAAAGAAUUUUUCAAAACAAAAUGGUGGUCUGACAUUCCAGGUUUCCAUCAGACUAUAAACGGUUAUCACUGGCCAGAGUCUGUGGAGAGACAAAGGCUUUUUGACAAGAUAGCAAAAGAACGGUAUGUAAGUGACACGCAGUCACGUCCGCGAUCGAAGUUUGAGUUUUGUGUGUACUCACCGGGAGCGUAGCCAACUCCCCACCACCAAGUCCAGGGCAUGAAAGAGUGGUGGAAGAUGUGCAGAAAGGUGAUCUGCCCACUCUUUUUUCUCAACACAAAGAAGAUCUAUCCCCCCCAAAAAUAAAAUAGGUUUUCUUUACUAAACUUCACUGACACCAAUGUUUAUGCUGAUCGCAAACUGCGUUACUUACAGUGUCCAUGAGCUCGAUAAUUUUGGAGAACCAAAACAACCAGGCUACCUCAACCAUCUGAAGGGGGGGAAAAAAAAAAAAAAAGAGACCACCGCUCAUAAACACGGUACGUGCAUGUUUGUUCAGCUAUGUUUAGUAUUUUCUUGAGUGGGGGGGGUCACUUUUUUUCAUGCUGUGUCAAUGUUAUUGCUGAAUUUUGCACAACUGUUAAGAUCUUUAUCUAUUGUGGCAACAUUUUCCUGUAUUUCCACAAUAAACACUAGGAAGAGUCAUUCUAAGAUAUCUGCACUUUUAAAAUAAGAGACAGCAUAACUACUAAAACAGAAUGCUUCACGUCAAACUUGUUUUUAGCUUUCAGUAUACCCACAAAUAUUCCCAUCUGAGCUAUCUUAAAUGGAAAAAAAAAAAUCCAAACUUACUCGAAGUGCUUGAGGGCUGUCAGACAUAUCGAUUGCGUCACAUCGCCAAGUAUACGUCGUGGCCCAACCAGACAUCAAAAACUUAAAAAAAACAAACAGACUUAAAAUUUUGAAACAACAUGCAAAAUGCAGCUUCAGCAGACUUGGAGAUGCAAAGCAGACUCACCUCGUAAACGAUGUAUAUCGACAGUGCCACCAGUGAAAAAUUAUAGACGAUCAUGGCUUCCUUUAACUGGAAAGGCUUUCGGGAGGCCAUAAUAUGAGGGCCAAGGUACAGUACAAAGAACAGGUAGCACAGCAAAAUUGCAGUCAUGGGAACAGGACUCUGCAUCAGGAAAUGAUUCUUCACUCGAGGAUCUAGAGGAAGAAAAUAGCGGUUGACGAUUGUGAAAUGGAAUAAAAAUUUUAAAAAAACUCAAAAUCCAUAAGGUUAUUUAAAGGAGACUGACCAACUCCUGCGACGAGGUAGUCGUAUAUAUCCAUGGCGUGUGAGCCAAACUCCUUGAGCUCUUGCAGCAUGUUUGCUGUUUUGUAGCCAGUUACCUAAAAUUAAAAAAGAAAAUUAGACAAACACACCACAAAUGCAAAAAUAAAACCACAAUGAUUAUUCCAGUAAUUUCUUCCGUCAGUUUCUUUAGCGGAACCUUGUGACUUGUGUCAGUCUGCACAAGAUCAUGCCUCAUGAAAUAAAAAAGUGGUUAAUCAUUACUCAACGCUGUAAUUUCCACACACAUUAGCAAAUCAAACAGCAAGAAUUUCCAAACAUCUUCAAUGUCUCGCUGCUCACAAAGCAAAAAGCUGCAUUUUAAGACAUACCUGCUGAUUCAGCUGCACACAAAAAAAAAUCCACUUUUACCUAGUAAUCCAAGUACUUCCCCAAACCAAACAAGUCCAAUGAAAAUUACAGGAUGCCCGGUUUAGCUCAUGCGACAUGGCCUGACAUCAGAUGGGGAGGGGCCGGGGGGGGAGGAGGAGGAGUGGGAUGGCUUUCGCCACUCCUCGCUACUUCCUCACUUCUCAGCCCCGACACAUAAAUAUCGGCAAAAAUUAGAUUGUAGAUCGAGAUUGUUGUACCUCUGCAAUCUUAAAGUUGAACUAGAAAUAUGGCGAGCAUGAACACAUUAAACUCUGAUGGCUUUGGAGGACAAAUGGGUCGUGUUCACCUUUGAAAGUGGAGUAAGAGAGCGCCAUUGUUUGAUGUACAAUCAACAAUGACCGACCACACAAGAGCGGGCCGGCCCUCCUUGAGCCAAUAUCAUUACAAGCAGAUAUGUUGUCGCCAAGGACGGCAAACAAAGGCGGGUUAAAUAUUUCCCUCAGAUGGGUUUGGAAUUAAAAGCCUCCAGGCUAUGCUUUCGGAAAAAACGAUUUGUUUGAAGCUUUGGACAUGCAAGUGAGGGAGGGAACAAAAACAUUUUUCCAAGUACAGCAUUGCCUCAAUGGCAGUGAACUAAAUUCAACGAAACAUAAAACAGAAUGACACCUUGUGUAUCUAAAACAAACAGAGCUUUAACCUUUCAGUCCACUAUCUUGACGCUAACGCUUAAUAGCAUCCACCUCAAUAAUUUUAAAAAGUGAAUGUUAGUUAACUGACAAACUAAAAGAGAAUUCCACAUUAUAUAUUUAACUGACAGCAAAACCACCAUCUAACCAGAAAAAUAAUACUAAAAAAAAAAACAUUUGGGCCUGCGUGUACACAAUGGACCCACUCACUUUAAGACAAAGUUCUCCCGCUGACUCGUCGAAACUUAUUCGGCCGGCCGUAACGCAUGACAAGAUCAGAUAAAUGACAUUUCACAAAACUCUUACGCAUAACGCUGUGGCUGGUAUUUGAGGCGGGCGCCUCACAUUUCAGCAAGCGCACCCUCAUGUGCAAACGUCAAGGUCUUGAUCUGAGGAAAAAUGCUCAACAGUUAAGCCGUAGAAAACAUAAUGUAGCGGACCAGCUGAAAAGAAGGUGGAGCUGAUCCGUUAACUGGGCCUUUUUUUUUUUUGCAGUAAUGCCAGUAUGACAAGUGCUUGGAAUAAUCGCACGUCCAUUCGAGUUCAAAAAUCUCCCAACCAUGACAACCAUAGGGAUAGGGAGAAACAACAUACAUAUAAAUCACCUGAAACCCAGAUAAAGAUCAUAGUUGAAGGGAAUUGAAAUUAAACCUCCGUCUUUGCACUUUGUCCAGCACUUCAACGACAACUAAACGGCACCACAAUGCCGAUAGUCUUAACACACACCAGAUUGUAAAGCUAGCACUUGUUGAUUUUUAGCAAAGUCAAUAAAAGAAUAAAAAAAACAAAUGAACUAAUUUGACAAUAUUCCUUUCAUUGACAAUAGGCACUUAAUUUGUUAUUGCGAGGAGAUUAACUCCGCCUAGAGGAGGUGUGACGCAACACAGAUUGACCUCGAUUUGCCAUUCUUGACAUCAUGCAUGUUCCUCGAAAGCACGUUAAGAGUGCCUCAACUGCACCAAGAAACCAUUAAUGGGCCAAUCGAGUGCAACAAUUCAUUGAUAACAAUGCCCCAAGUCUAGAAGCCAGAAACUUCCUUAAGAGCGUGUGUAGUUUUUUUUUUUUCCCCAAGCCACAUGACACCAUUACGCAUGAUGUAUCUCCUCAGCAAUUCCCGUCAAUGCUAAAACCAGAAAAACAACACUAUGUAACAUUAUAGUCAGUUGGAUUUUCAACCAUGGUUUGUUUGAGCUUAGCCUUGACAACAAAGUGGCGGGUUGACAGCUAGUGAAGGAGACAAAGUGGAGUGCUUCCUGCUCAGUGAAUGAAUCACAUGAUGGAAAAUAAAGGUGGGAAGAGUUAAUGAUGAACAAACAGGGAUAAGGGAUGUGGGAGUUAAAAAAAAAAAAAAAAAAAAAACACCCAAAGUAAAAAGUAAAGCAUCUGUUUGUUAGGGGAAAAGGCCAAAAGUUUAACUUCCAGUACUCACAUGAAAAUAACAAAUCAAAUGACAUAAAACGGGGUGCGCACCAAGUUAGUUCGAUUUAAACUUACCCUGCUGAAAAAAAAGGACUUUCCAGCUUCGGAAAAACUAAAGCCAGCGUUGAGAGAAUCCUCUUCGGGAGCCUCUCUCGCGCUUGCUCUCUCUCUCUCGGGGAGAAGAGUGGAGCUGGUAGAAACUGCAGUGCGAUGAGGGAGAGAAUGAGCGUGUGUGUGUGUGUAACAGAGGGGAGGGAAUGGAAAGAAGAAAAAAAAAAAUCAACCGACAGACGUGACUGGUACAGCCGUCUUCCGACUCUCCAC